AAGCUGGACGGGUCUUUCUCUCCUAGCGACCAGGCUCUGGGUUCAGUUCCUGUGUCCAUUGUUUCGUCUCACCUGCUCCUAGACCUCCUAGGUGACUCUACCACAGCCCCCGGUAUCCUGUGACCUGCGAGUACUGGGAGAUCCCUAGGGAGGACGCCGAAACAUCCAGAGGCUGGAAAAUGGGUCGCUUACUUGUCCCAUCCUCCCCCACCACUCUCCCCAGGUUUAUGCAUCUCUUUCAUCUGGCUGUUCCUGAGUUGUGUCCUUCGUAAUCAGCUGGCAAACAAGUAAAAUGUUUUACUGAGGAGUGUUGACAUUCAGGGAUGUGGCCAUAGAAUUCUCUCCAGAAGAGUGGGAAUGCCUUGAUUCUGCCCAGCAGCAUUUGUAUAGGGAUGUGAUGUUACAGAACUACAGAAACCUGGUGUUCCUGGGUCUUGCUGUCACCAAGCCUGACUUGAUCACCCAUCUGGAACAAGAAAAAGAGCUCUGGAAUGUGGAGAGACAGGAAACAGUAGCCAAAUACCCAGAGAUAUUGCCGAAGCAGAACAUAAAAGAUUCAUCUAAAAAUGUAACACCAAGAAAAUACAAAAGCUGUGACCUUGAUAAUUUAUGCUUAAAGAAAGCCUGGCAAGAUGAGAAUAAUUGCAAGGGGCAGAAAAGUAGUUAUAAUUACCUCCAGCAGUGUUUGUCACCCAUCCGUAGCAAGAUAUGCCAAUGCAAUAAAUGUGGCAAAGCUUCUCAGUGGUGCUCAAUUCUUACUGAAGAUAAGAAAAUUUGUAGCAGAGAGAAACCCUACAGUUGUGAAAAAUGUGGCAAAGUCUGUAGGUCAUUCCCAGGCCUUACUAGACAUAAGAGAGCUCAUACUAGAGGAAAACCCUACAAAUGUGAAGAAUGUGGCAGAGCCUUUAAACGCUUCUCAAACCUUACUAAACAUCAGAGAAUUCAUACUGGAGAGAAACCGUACAAAUGUGAACAAUGUGGCAAAGCCUUUACUCGCUCCUCAACCCUUGCUACACAUAACAUCAUUCAUACUGGAGAGAAGCUCUACAGAUGUGAAGAAUGUGGCAGAGCAUUUACCCACUCUUCAGCUCUUACUAGACACGAGAGAAUUCAUACUGGAGAGAAACCCCACACGUGUGAAGAAUGUGGCAAAGCCUUUACCUACUCCCGAAACCUUAUUAAACAUAAGAAAAUUCAUACUGGAGAGAAACCCUACUAUUGUGAAGAAUGUCGCAGAGCCUUUAAAAGCUUCUCAGACCUUACUCAACAUAAGAUAAUGCAUACUUUAGAGAGACCAUACAAAUGUGAAGAAUGUGGCAAAGUCUGUAGGUGGUUCUCAGAGCUUACAAAACAUAGGAUAAUUCAUGCUGGAGAGGAACCCUAUAAAUGUGAAGACUGUGGCAAAGGCUAUAUGUAUCCCUCAGAACUUUCUCAACAUAAGAGAAUUCAUACUGGAGAGAAACCCUACAAAUGUGAUGACUGUGGCAAAGCUUAUAGGUGGUCCUCGGGUCUUACUAAACAUAAGAGAACUCAUACUGGAGCAAACUAUACACAUGUGAAGAAUGUGGCACAGUCUUUUCCCGCUUCUCAACCCUUUGUAACCACAGGAGAAUACAUACUGGAAGGCGACCUUAAAAUGUGAGGAAUGUGGCAAAGUCAUUAAGUGUUUCUCAGCCCUUACUAAACAUAAGAGAAUGAAUAAUGAAGAGAAACUACAGGUAUUAAAAAUGUAAAAAAGCCUUAAGCAGGUCCUCAAUUUUUUUUUAAUAUAUCAGAACAAAUAUGAUAUAAGUGGAAUCACUAUUGAAGGAUAUUUAACAAAAGACUUAGAGUAUACAAUAAUUCUUUUAUUAUUUAUGAACCUUACAAAUAGAGAGGUACAGUACUUCUACUUACAUUACAGAUUUUAUUAUACACAGAAAAAUUUAAGCAAGAGGAAAACCUUAUGAGUUCCACAAACUUUACUAAUUUUUAAAAAUAAUAGCUCCCAGAUUUAUUGAUUUUUUAAAAUAGCUUUUUAUGUCUCAGUCUUUUUCAGUUCAGCUCUGAAUUUUGUUAUUUAUUGUAUUCUACCAGCUUUGAGAUUUAUUUGCUCUUUCUUCUCUAGUUCUUUUACUUGUAAUGUUAGGCUGUUAACAUUACAAGUUAAUCUUUUUUUAAUGUGUGAGCAUUUAGCACUAUAAAUUAUUGUCAUCACACUAUAAAUUAUUGUCUUAACACUGCCUUAGCUGUUUCCUAAAGAUUUUAGUAUGUUGUAAUAUAUCUUUGUUAUCAUUAAUUUUAAAAACUUCUUUCUUUCUGACAUAGCAGGAGUGUUCAAUUUCCAUGUAAUUGUAUGUUUCUAAGUGAAUUUUCUUAGUCUUGAUUUCUAAUAUGGUCUGAGAUGGCUAUGAAAUCAGUUAUUUUGCAUUUGCUGAGGAGAUUUUUAUUCCUGAUUAUGUGAUUGAUUUUAUAGUAUGUGUCAUGUGGUGAUAAAAAAAAUGUAUAUUUGUUUAUUUUUGGUUAGUGUUCUAUAGAAGUCUAUCAAGUCCAUUUGACACAGUGCUGAAUUUAAGUUCUUAAUAUCUUUGUUGAUUUUGUGUCUCAAUGAUCCAUCUAAUAUUGUCAAUGAAGCAUUAAAGUCCCUCACACUAUUGUGUAGAAGUCUGUCUCUAAGAACUUGCUUUAUUAAUCUGGAUACUUUUGUGUUGGGUGUAUAUAUAUUUAGCAUUGUUGUCCCUUUACUAUUAUGUAAUGCCUUUCUUUAUCUUUUUAUAAUCUUAGUUGAUCUAAAAUCUGUUUUGCCAGAAACAAGGAUUGAAACUCUUGCCUUUUUUCUGUCUUUUUAUUUGGUUGGUAGGUUUUACUCCAUUUUUUUAUUUUGAGCCUGUGUGACAUAGUGUCUUGAAGACAAUAUACCAGUGGGUCUUGAUCCUUUAUGCAGCUUGCCACUUUGUCUUUAAUUUGGGGCAUUUAGCUCAUUUACAUUUAAGGUUAGUGUCAAUAUACGUGUACUUGAUUCUGUCAUGAUCUUAGUUAUUUUGCAGACUUGUUUAUUGUGUAAAACAAAUGGUUUUGUUUUGUGGUUGCUUUACAGUGUCACUGGUUUAUGUACUUUAAUGUGUUUGCCUCUGUCUUUCCUAUUCAGUGCUGUCUUCAGCACUUCUUGUAAGGCAGGCCUGGUGGUAACAAAUUUCCUCAGUAUUAUCUGAAUAGGGUCUUAUCUCCUUUACUUCUGAAGCUUAAUUUGGUCAGAUAUAAAAUUUUUGGUUAGAACUUUUUUUAAAGUAUGUUGAAUAUUGGCCUCUAAUCUCUUUUGUUUUUUUUUUUUGUUUGUGCCGAAAAGUUCAUUGUUAGUCUGAUGAGCUACCGUUUGGAGGUUACCUGGCCUUUUUCUUUAGCUGCCUUUAACCCAUUUUCUUUCAUUUCAGCCUUGGGGAAUCUCAUGUUUAUCCGUCUUGGGAAUGACAUUCUUGAGGAGUAUCCAACUGGGGUUUUCUGUAUUUCCCAAAUUUGAAUGUUAGCCUCCCUAGCUAGCUUGGGGACGUGAUCUUGGUUGAUGUCCUAAAACAUGUCUUUGAGGUUGUUUUCAGUCUCAUCAUGUCUUUCAGGUACACCAUUUAGUUAUAGAUUGGGUCUGUUUAGAUGAUCUCACAUUUCUUGGAGGUUUUGCUUAUUCCUCUUGAUUUUUUGUUUUCCCUCUUCUUGCCUGCUUUAUUUCAAAAAGCCAGUCGUCAAGCUCUGGGAUUACCUCCUCUGCUUGGCAUAUUCUGCUACUCAUGCUUGAUUGCUUUAUGGAAUUUUUGUAGUAGAUUUUUAGCUCUAUCAGGCUGUUUAUGUUCUUCUCUAUAUGGAUUGUUGUUUUUUUUUUCUGUCAGUUCCUACAAUGUUUUAUCAUAAUUUUUAACUUCCUUGCGUUGGGUUACAACUUAACUCUUGUAGCUCAAUGAACUUUUUUCCUAUCCUUAUUCUGAAUUCUACUUCUGUUACUUUAGCUAUCUCUGCCUUUGCUGAGAGGUGAUUUGGUCAUUUGGAAAAAAGAAGCCACUCCGCUUUUUGAGUUGUCAUCAUUGUUGCACUGAUUCUGUCUCAUGUUUGCAGGCUUAUCUACAUUUAAGCUUUGAGGUUGCCGAACUUUGGAUGGAAUUUUUUUUUCCUUUUACUUGGUGCCCCUAAGGGUUUAAUUGAGGUAUAAGGCAAAUUCAGCAGAUAUGGUUGAUUCCUGGGAAAUUUUAAGGGGCCAGUUCUCAAUUCACAACUUCUAGGCUGCAUGCACUAACUGUAGGACACUUGUAUUGAGCCCUGAGUUAAUUCUCUGGUUUCUUGAGGUUUGAAGUCCACUGUGCUUGGGGGACUGAGGUGAUGCAGCUGCAGCAGAGUGCUAGUGGAUGUGGAGUUUUGGGCUCUCUGUGGACAUUCAUCUCAUUGUUAGAGCCAGAGCAUCUGGGUGGGAGUUGGGGGCCCCUGCUGGAGACUCUGGGUGCUGUUGUACUAGUGGUAUUGGCUUGAGACAGGGUAUUGGCCAGCACAGGUUCAAUGCCUUGUCUGUGUCCUGCAAGCUCAGUGUGUGGAAGCAUCCUCCCUGUUCUCUGCACAGUGUCAGCACAAGGGAAGGGCAGGGCUUGCGGGCUUUGUGCCAGCCAGGGCUCCAUUUGCAAUUGCAGUUGCUUGGGGUUGAGAGUCAUACUGCAUUCCCAUGGGCUGGUGGGCAAGUAAAGCAAAACAUGCCCAUGGAGACAUGUGCCAUCAGAGUGAUGUGGGAGUUGCUUGCCAUGGACUUGGGGGAAGCUUCAGUAGAGGGGGGAACAUGAAUGCUGGUGCAUAGCCAUAGGGGCCGCUUUGCUGGAGCUAUUCAUUAGUCAGGCAAGGUCCACCAGUGCAGAAUGUAUGGUGUGGGCCCUUAGGGCUAUUGAAACUGCCCUGGAAGCAGGUGUGGCCAAGCUCUGCCCAGGAGAAGCUAUCAUUCCAAGAAGUGCUCAGCUUGGACUGUCCUCUUCUGAUGUGCAAGACCAUCCUUCAGAGAUCAGGUCCAACAGUUUUUCUAUGGCUAAAGUCUGUUACGGGAAUAAGUUGAACUUAGAGGGAUGGCCAUCUCUGGCCAUGGUCCUCUACAGAUACUCUCACACCAAAUCCUCUGCUCCACAUCACCUGGCUUGCCUCCCCACCACUUUCUUGUCUUCUGGGAGUGACACCUCAGAGAGCUGUAGCUCAAUAAUCACUUAUUGCAGUAAGUCCAGGAUAAAUGGCCUGUGUUUUAGGCCAAGCAAGGGGUUGUUUCUGUCUGGUGAUGAGCAGUGAAGUGUGAGUGGGACCCAUUGGAGAUAGACUGGCCUUUCUUUGGGCUCACGGCAUGCAGCUUGUUGGAAGUGUGGAUAAAGAACUUUGAAUUUUGGCUUUUUCACUAGUUGGAGGGUAGCAAAGACAGUUCCAAUAUAGGGGCAGUGGCAGAGACGCUUCUAUUAGUUGCCCCUGGAGGCUUUUUCUAGGGAAUUGUUAAGUUGCUAAUAGCUCGGUAGCACUUGCGUUUGUUGGCUAGAGGCCCAGGCCAGGAGGACCUACCUAGUGAGAAUAUAUGAGAUACAUAUGGGGUGAUUAGAAUAGUUUGGCUGCUUUCCCAUAGGACUGUUACAAUAUGCUGGGUGUCCACUGUUGUUUCUAGUCACUUCACAUUUUCCGGCACCUGAAGAUAUCACCAGUGAAGGCUGUAAAACAGAAAAAAUAGCAACCUGCCCCUUUCUCUGGGAACUCUAUCCUAGAAAUGUAUAGAACAAUUGCCAGUCCAAAAGCACUUGUAAAAGGUAACUGGAGACUCCUGAUGGGAAGUUUCACCCAGUGAGGAGAAACAAGAUUUGGGACCCACUUAAAAAAGCAGUCUGGUCACAUUUUGUAGGGCAGCUUUGUCAUGUUAGGGUACCACUUCCACCUCUGGUUGACUUGGAAUCUCCCAAGCCAGAGGCUAGAACAGCCUAGUCACCCAAACAGCAAAGAGGGUUACUUAUCUACCAUCUGGGGGCUUUGUUCCAGGGAGUUUCUAAAACUCCUUCAGCUGGAGAGAGCACCAGUGGUUAUUUCUGGAGAUCCUAGUUGGGACAUACACUGUCCGGUGAGGAGGAAUGAGACUGAAAACCUUUACCAGACAGUCUGGCCAUGUUUUUGUAGAGCAGCUGUACUGUCAUGAGGGAUCCUUUCCACCCCCACUCAGCUCAUCAAAGCCUAAAAGCUGGAAUGGCUUAAGUUGCCACAGCAGCAAAGGCGUCGGCCCACUCCUCCGUCUUGGAGCUGCACCUCUGGGAGGUGCAGUGCCGCUACCAGUGACUGCCUGGAUUUUAAGACAGUGGGUCUUAUCCUGUGGGGUGCUGUGAAAGUGGGGCUCACCCCUCUAGAGUCCACCUCUUUCCUGUGGGUAUGCACAGAGGUGUAACCUUCCGUUUUGCUGGAGUUGCAGCCAUGUUUUUUGGGAAACCCAGAAAGCCAGAGUAUCUAAGGCCCACAGGUCUCUGCACAGGCCUAGGCCUCUGCUCUGCUGAGACUCCACGUAGCUCUGUGUGUCAAACUGAAGGCCUUGGUAGAGUUGCUUCAUGCAGUGUCUCCUGACCCAAGGGUUGCAGAGGUCUGUAGGAGAAGUUUGGGUUUCCACAGUGACUCAUUCACUUGCUGAUUUAUUGGGUGGGGAGGUGCUGUGUCUUCAUUUCUUAGUAUUUAUACAAAAUUUCAUGGUCAUUGGUUGCUACAUCAGUAUUAUGAGAAGUUUUUCUUUAUUAGAUGGACACGUUUCCAUACUUUUCUGUGGAAGAUUAAGAAAACUGAAAUAUAAGAUGCGUGACAAAAUUCUAAAUGGGAAGGCCCUUAGUGGAUGGUUUACAACAGUGUCAUAAGUGAAAGAAUAGCAGUGUGGUAAGUGUUCAGAAUAAUAUACUUAUGCAUUAUAAUAGGAGAAACAUUUUGAAUUUUAGAAGUAAAUUGUUUUACCAUUUGCAUGUUAAGGUAAUUAAAAUACAGUGGAUUUAAAAAUGCUUUUAUUAAAUGACAGUAUGUGAACUUAAUUUGUUUUAAUAAAAAUGGUUUUAAUGUGGUAAGCCUGUUUUACAUUGAAUGUGUAUCUUGCCACUGAUGUUAGCAUCCCAUCUUGCCCAAGGUUGGGUAAGGUAACAGCAUAACAAUAUACAAUAAGAGCAUAACAAUACACUAUUCCACUAUUGACAUAGUGGAAUAACCUCUCGUGAUUCUUUUUGUCAGUGGGCUUCAACUUCAGAUAGCUUGGAGAAUAUUGUUUCUACAGCUUACGCUUUUUUUUUAAUUAGUAACUACAGGUUAUUAUGUUAGGAAUAAUAAGGAUUAUAUGAUUAUAAUGGAGUUAUAUAUUUCUGAAUUCUGAAUGACAAUUUACAAAAUUUUAUUCUGUUAAACAUGGGACUUCUGUGGUAUGCAAAACACAUACAGACUUUUAGUUUUGAUUUAUGUGGAUUUAAAUAUACAUACAUAUCACUGUAAAAUAAACUUUAGGGUAUUAUUGGAGAAAGCAAUCAUGUUUGUGAAUGGCUGUGUAGCUACUCUGAGAAGAAAAAAAAUAGUAGAAUAAAACAUAAUUUUACAAGGAUUGAUAAGUUUCCAGCAAACCAGAAACUUCAAAGAUUUUGAAAGCAAAUCAGUUUUCUCUGCUUUAUACUGAAUUUAUUUAUCUCAAAUAUUAUUACUCCUGGCUUAGAGUCUUCUUAUGCAAAUCUUCUGUUUUUUGUUUGUUUGCCUGUUACUCUAGACCUACUGUAUAAUUUUCUUUUUGUCAAAUUUCAGAAAGUAUUUUCAAUAUAAUCCCUUCAGGGAUUAUAAAAGUGACUUCUAAAAUUUAAUGGUGUUCACAACAUAAUUUUAAGGUGUAAUUUCACAGUGAGUGUAUUGCAUUCUAUUUAGUGAGUGCAUUUUAUUUUUUCAAUUAGAUAAUGCUAUUUAAUUCAAUUUUUGUUUAGAUAUGAAUCAUUUUACUUUUUAGAAUUGUUAUAGUUGAGUUCAUUGAAUUUAUUGGGCCAACUUAUUUAAAGUGAACAGUUGGAGCCACAUAAGGUCUAUUUGGCAUACGUGUGAAGUAAACAAACACAGAACAAUGCUAGCUAAUAGAAGCUAUGUAAUUAGUUAUAAAAUUCUUAUUGAAACUAGCAUGUGGCCUCAGGUGAAUAAUUGAAAAUAUCAAUAGUGAAGAAAUGGCAUUGAUUCUGCCUAUGAAGAGUGGAUAACUGUACCCGUGCUGCACAAGUGACUCACUACAUUUAGAAGAAAGUGUUGUUUCUUUCAUUUUCAUAAAUACUGCUUUUCUAUAUUUUUAUGUUAAUCUUCAGCUACUUAUGCAUAAAAGCCCUUUGCCUUAUUUGCCUGUAUUAUGGCUACAGCUUUCUUACUUUUCUACCCAGCCUGUGUCAUUUCACACAGUGCUUGUAGGUUUUUGUGAGAUAUUUGGAAUUUUGUAAUUAGUAAAAUACUGUUUUUUUUUAAAACUGGCAGCGUCUUUUGUUUUUGAGUGUGUAUGUUAAAUGUUAAACAAAAGAAUAACCUGUAAAUUUAAAAUAAAAAAAGAUUUUUCCAGGUUGAUGUUGAAA